GGGCCCUUACACACCAUGGCCCCCCGGCGGACAGGGGCCGGCGCCGCCGUGCGCGCCCGCCUGGCUCUGGCCUUGGCGCUGGCAAACGUCCUGAACUGGCCCCCCGCCGCCGCCUGCCCCACCAAGUGUACCUGCUCCGCAGCCAGCGUCGACUGCCACGGGCUGGGCCUCCGGGCGGUACCACGGGGCAUCCCCCGCAACGCCGAGCGCCUCGACCUGGACAGAAAUAAUAUCACCAGGAUCACCAAGAUGGACUUCGCUGGGCUCAGGAAUCUUCGUGUCUUGCAUCUGGAAGACAACCAGGUCAGUGUCAUAGAGAGAGGCGCCUUCCAGGAUCUGAAGCAGCUGGAGCGAUUGCGCCUGAACAAGAAUAAGCUCCAAGUCCUUCCAGAAUUGCUUUUCCAGAGCAACCCGAAGCUCACCAGACUAGACCUGAGCGAAAACCAGAUCCAGGGGAUCCCGAGAAAGGCUUUCCGCGGCAUCGCUGACGUGAAGAACCUGCAACUGGACAACAACCACAUCAGCUGCAUUGAAGAUGGAGCCUUCCGAGCGCUGCGCGAUUUGGAGAUCCUUACCCUCAACAACAACAACAUCAGCCGCAUCCUGGUCACCAGCUUCAACCACAUGCCGAAGAUUCGAACUUUGCGUCUCCACUCCAAUCACCUGUACUGUGACUGCCACUUGGCCUGGCUCUCUGAUUGGCUGCGACAGCGGCGGACAAUUGGCCAGUUCACACUCUGCAUGGCUCCUGUGCAGCUGAGGGGCUUCAACGUGGCAGACGUGCAGAAGAAGGAGUACGUGUGCCCAGGCCCCCAUUCAGAGCCUCCGUCCUGCAAUGCCAACUCCCUCUCCUGCCCUUCAGCCUGCACUUGCAGUAACAACAUCGUGGACUGUCGAGGAAAGGGCUUGACGGAGAUUCCCACCAACCUGCCAGAGGGCAUCGUUGAAGUACGCCUGGAACAGAACUCCAUCAAGUCCAUCCCAGCAGGAGCCUUCACCCAGUACAAGAAACUGAAGCGAAUGUGAGUUUCCCUUGCAAAGAAAAGAGCCCAAAUAAUUGCUCCAUGGGUUUUCCAAGGAGCAACUGUAUUAAAUACAGUGGUGCUCUAUGGGAACAAGAUCACCGAGAUUGCCAAGGGACUGUUUGAUGGGCUGGUAUCCCUACAGCUGCUCCUCCUCAAUGCCAACAAGAUCAAUUGCCUGCGGGUGAACACAUUUCAGGACCUGCAGAACCUCAACCUGCUCUCCCUGUACGACAACAAGCUGCAGACCAUCAGCAAGGGGCUCUUUGCUCCCCUGCAGUCCAUCCAGACGCUCCACUUAGCCCAAAACCCAUUUGUGUGUGACUGCCACUUGAAGUGGCUGGCCGACUACCUCCAGGACAACCCCAUCGAGACCAGCGGGGCCCGCUGCAGCAGCCCACGACGGCUCGCCAACAAGCGCAUCAGCCAGAUCAAGAGCAAGAAGUUCCGCUGCUCAGGCUCAGAGGAUUACCACAGCAGGUUCAGCAGCGAGUGCUUCAUGGACCUUCUGUGCCCGGAGAAGUGCCGCUGUGAGGGCACCAUCGUGGACUGUGCCAACCAGAAGCUGGCCCGCAUCCCAAGCCACCUCCCUGAAUACGUCACCGAUCUGCGACUGAACGACAACGAUAUAUCAGUUCUAGAGGCCACUGGUAUCUUCAAGAAGUUGCCCAACCUGCGGAAAAUAAACCUGAGUAACAACAAGAUCAAGGAGGUGCGUGAGGGUGCCUUUGACGGAGCGGCCAGCGUGCAGGAGCUAAUGCUGACGGGGAACCAGCUGGAGACGGUGCACGGGCGUAUGUUCCGUGGCCUCAGCAGCCUCAAGACACUGAUGCUGAGGAGCAACCUGGUCAGCUGUGUGAGCAACGACACCUUUGCUGGCCUGACUUCAGUGAGGCUGCUGUCCCUCUAUGACAAUCGCAUCACCACCAUCACCCCCGGAGCCUUCACCACGCUUGUCUCCCUAUCCACCAUCAACCUCCUGUCCAACCCCUUCAACUGCAACUGCCACCUGGCAUGGCUCGGCAAGUGGCUGAGGAAGAGACGCAUCGUCAGCGGGAACCCUAGGUGUCAGAAGCCCUUCUUCCUCAAGGAGAUUCCCAUCCAGGACGUGGCUAUCCAGGACUUCACCUGCGACGGCAAUGAUGAGAGCAGCUGCCAGCUGGGCCCACGUUGCCCAGAGCAGUGCACCUGCGUGGACACGGUGGUACGAUGCAGUAACAAGGGGCUCCGCACCCUCCCCAAAGGCAUCCCCAAGGACGUGACCGAGCUGUACCUGGAAGGAAACCACUUAACAGCCGUGCCCAGGGAGCUGUCCGCCCUCCGACACCUGACAUUAAUUGACCUGAGCAACAACAGUAUUGGCGUCCUGACCAACUACACCUUCAGUAACAUGUCACACCUCUCCACUCUGAUCCUGAGCUACAACCGGCUGAGGUGCAUUCCCAUCCAUGCCUUCAAUGGGCUGCGGUCUCUCCGAGUGCUAACCCUCCAUGGCAACGACAUUUCCAGCGUUCCCGAAGGCUCCUUCAAUGACCUGACAUCUCUUUCCCAUCUGGCACUGGGAACCAACCCACUGCACUGUGACUGCAGUCUGCGCUGGCUGUCCGAGUGGGUGAAGGCGGGCUACAAGGAGCCUGGCAUCGCCCGCUGCAGUAGCCCAGAACCCAUGGCUGACAGACUCCUGCUCACCACCCCCACUCACCGCUUCCAGUGCAAAGGGCCAGUGGACAUCAACAUUGUGGCCAAGUGCAAUGCCUGCCUCUCCAGCCCAUGCAAAAACAACGGGACGUGCAGCCAGGAUCCGGUGGAGCUGUACCACUGUACCUGCCCCUAUAGCUACAAGGGCAAAGACUGCAGCAUGCCCAUCAACACCUGCAUUCAGAACCCCUGCCAUCACGGAGGCACCUGCCACCUGAGUGAGAUCCAUAAGGAUGGCUUCAGCUGCUCCUGCCCCUUGGGCUUUGAGGGACAGCGGUGUGAGAUCAACCCAGAUGACUGUGAGGACAAUGACUGCGAAAACAAUGCCACCUGCGUAGAUGGCAUCAAUAACUACGUGUGUGUCUGCCCACCGAACUACACAGGUGAGCUGUGCGAUGAAGUGAUUGACCACUGCGUGCCCGAGAUGAACCUCUGUCAGCAUGAGGCCAAAUGCAUCUCCCUGGACAAAGGAUUCAGGUGUGAGUGCCUCCCUGGCUACAGCGGGAAGUUCUGCGAGACGGACAAUGACGACUGCGUGGCCCAUAAGUGCCGCCACGGGGCCCAGUGCGUGGAUGCGGUCAAUGGCUACACCUGUACCUGCCCCCAGGGCUUCAGUGGGCUCUUCUGUGAGCACCCCCCGCCCAUGGUCCUGCUGCAGACCAGCCCCUGUGACCAGUACGAAUGCCAGAACGGGGCCCAGUGCAUCGUGGUGCAGCAGGAGCCCACCUGCCGCUGUCUGCCAGGCUUCGCCGGGCCCCGCUGUGAGAAGCUCAUCACUGUCAACUUCGUGGGCAAGGACUCCUACGUGGAACUGGCCUCCGCCAAGGUCCGGCCCCAGGCCAACAUCUCCCUGCAGGUGGCCACUGACAAGGACAACGGCAUCCUUCUCUACAAGGGAGACAACGACCCCCUGGCGCUGGAGCUGUACCAGGGCCACGUGAGGCUCAUAUAUGACAGCUUGAGCUCCCCGCCAACCACGGUGUACAGCGUGGAGACGGUGAAUGACGGGCAGUUUCACAGUGUGGAGCUGGUGAUGCUGAACCAGACCCUGAACCUGGUGGUGGAUAAAGGAGCCCCCAAGAGUCUGGGGAAGCUCCAGAAGCAGCUGGCAAUGGGCAUCAACAGCCCCCUCUACCUUGGAGGUAUCCCUACCUCCACGGGCCUCUCGGCCCUGCGCCAGGGUGGGGACCGGCCACUGGGCGGCUUCCACGGCUGCAUCCACGAAGUGCGCAUCAACAACGAGCUGCAGGACUUCAAGGCCCUCCCGCCGCAGUCGCUGGGGGUCUCACCAGGCUGCAAGUCCUGCUCCGUGUGCAAACAUGGCCUGUGCCGCGCGGUGGAGAAGGACAGUGUGGUGUGUGAGUGCCACCCGGGAUGGGCCGGCCUGCUCUGCGACCAGGAGGACUGGGACCCCUGCCUCAGCCACAGCUGCAGCCAUGGAAAAUGUGUGGCAACUGGGACCUCAUACACGUGCAUGUGUGCCGAGGGCUAUGGAGGGGCCUUGUGUGACCACAAGAAUGACUCUGCCAAUGCCUGCGCAGCCUUCAAGUGUCACCACGGGCAGUGCCACGUCUCAGAUCGAGGGGAGCCCUACUGCCUGUGCCAGCCCGGCUUUAGUGGAGAGCACUGUGAACAAGAGAAUCCAUGCCUGGGGGAGGUAGUCCGAGAGGUGAUUCGCCGCCAGAAGGGCUAUGCGUCAUGCACCACAGCCUCCAAGGUGCCCAUAAUGGAAUGUCACGGGGGCUGUGGGCCCCAGUGCUGCCAGCCCAUCCGUAGCAAGCGGCGGAAGUAUGUCUUCCAGUGCACGGACGGCUCCUCGUUUGUGGAAGAGGUGGAGAGACACUUAGAGUGUGGCUGCCACCCAUGUUCCUAAGCCCCUCUGCCCACCCACCCACUGCCUUUCAGACUCCAGCUUGGUGAGGUUGGGACAGCAAUGCGAAAUCCCCUUGAGAUUCAGUGAGGAAGAGGAAGCUGGAGAAGAAGAAAAAGAAGAAGAGAAUAUUAAGUAUAUUGUAAAAUAAACAAAAAAAUAGAACUUAUUUUUAUUAUGGAAAGUGACUAUUUUCAUCUUUUAUUAUAUAAAUAUAUCACACCGUCUGAGUAUAUGUACCAUAUAGUGAGUUAUUUUUACC